AUGGCCACGAGAGACGACUCAGCAGAUAUUGAAGCUCUGAACAUUGGCGAUGCCUCAAGCAUACCGAAUAAAGAGGUCAAGAAGCCUCCUUUUACACCCCCGACACCCGGUGAAGUACCCACAGACCCACUCCAUGAUGUGAUCGUAGGGUAUCCCAAACUUGCAGGUCGCAUGGGCGUCAUGCCCGAGAUGGCUAUGUUCAAACGUUUCGGCUCACUUAAUGCUCGAAAUCUAUUGUACAUGCAGAAUGAACUCAUGUAUCUGGAGAUGCAAUUGAAAUACAUCGAAGCCAAAGAUCAGGCGUCGGACGAUGGAAACAAGGGCUUGUACGGAUAUAACUUCUUCUGGAUGAAACACUCAGAGUCAGACGAGAAAGGCAAUGAGCAGAUAAAGCUGGUCAUGAGGAUGCGGAAACUACUCAAAGAAUAUAUUUUGCCGCAGUUCAAGUUGUCUUCGUCGGCCAGGCGCUUGACAGAGGACCACAAGAAGUGA